AUGGUACAAAUAUUGCUUAAUUAUUCCAAACUCGAUCUUGAACUGUUAAAUGAUAUACAACUCGUUGAAAGGGAUCAAAAUUUCUUGAUAUUUCAAAAUGUAAGCGUUUUAUGGGCAGCAGCUGCCGUUGAUAAUUUUCAAAUUGUGAAAUUACUUGUCGAACAUGGAGCUCAAGUUAAUCACACAACUAAAACAAAUUCAACAGCAUUUCGUUGUGCUUGUUGGAAUGGUAAUACAGAUAUGGCACGUUAUUUGAAUGAGAAUGGUGCUAAUAUACAUAUUACCAAAAUACAUAAUGAAACGAAUCUUAUUGCAAGUGUUUACAACAAACAAUUAAAAAUGAUAACUUAUCUUGUUGAUGAAUUAGGUUGUGAUGUGAAUGAAUCGACGGAUGAUGGACGUCCACCACUCUAUUUUGCUGUAGAUCGUGGUUCACUUGAACUAGUUCAAUUUUUGUUGAAUCAUGGUGCUCGAAAUUUUCGACCAAACGAUAUUCACAUGUCUCCACUAUUAUUAGCAGCUGAAAAGAGACGAAUUGAUCUUGUCGAUGCUAUUUCUUCACAAUGUUCAUUACUUGAACAAAUCGAAGCGCAAGAAUUACUUGGAAGUGCUUUUGCAUGUGGUGAACAUGGUAUUUGUAAUCUUGAAAAAUUAUUUGAAUACUUCUAUCGAGCACUUGAACUUCGAUCUCAACAUAAUCUUUCUAAAGUUCUAAGACUAUCAACUGUAGAAGUACUUGAUAAUCGGCAAGAAUGUCAAACAAUCGAUGAGUUAGAAAAACUUCGAUUAAAUGAUGAUCAUAUGUACAUAGAAGCGUUACUUGUGCGCGAACGUUUGCUUGGACCAACUAAUGCAAAAUACCAUCGUUCUCUUCAAUAUCGUGGUGCUGCUCUCGCUGAUAAUGCACAGCAUCAUCGAGGAGUUAAUUUUUGGUUGUAUGAACUUAAAUUACAUCGACAGUACUCAUUAUCUAUCGACAUCGAAGAUUUGCGUCAAUGGGCUUCGAUUUUUAGUGACAUGAUACGAAAAUCAUUAUCAAUACCGAUUGUGCCUUGGCAGACAGUAAUAACAGUAAUACUUGAAGAGUUAGAAAAUAAUAUGAUAGAUUUUGAUUAUAAUUUACAUACUUUACUUUUCUUAAUAACAAUCAUUAGUCAGAUCCUAUCAAAAUCAAUAAUUUCAAAUAAUGAUCGUCAAAUAUUUUAUCGACAAAUUCGUAUCAUUGUUCAACAUCAGUAUGUUACUCAAACCGAUAGAUCUUCUCUAUUACAUUUAAGUCUAAAUAAUCAUACAUCUGCAAAUGAUUAUUUCAUCGAUUUUAUUUGCAAAUAUCCAUGUUUACAUACAGUUCGUUUACUUUUACAAUGUGGUGCUGAUGUGAAUGCAAUAGAUGUUAUUCGAAACACACCACUUCAUAUAUUUGUUUCCAACUCAAAUGUAGUUGAUGAUACUAUAAUCCAAUAUCUUUGUGAUGCUGGUGUUCAUCUAGAUUGCGUUAAUGCUUUAAGAGAGACACCCAUCGAUAUUGCAACAGAUUCAAAUAUGAAGCAAUUUCUUAGAACUAGAACGAAAAUUAGUUUGAAGUGUUUAUGUGCAAGAUUAAUACAAAAGAAUACUAUUCUAUUUCAUGGAAAGAUUUCUAAUUCUCUUAUUAAUUUUGUUAAAAAACAUUAA